AUGACGUCGCACACCGGAGUUUGGGCGCACUCGACUUAUCCCAACAAGCUCCAGCCUCCCCCGCGAGCAGCUCCCGAGCGCGGAACUUACGAGAUCCGACGUGGCCGCCACCGCCUGCGCCGAGCUGCACCUGGUAAUGACAGCGAGGAAGAUAUGUUUGGAGACUAUGAGAGCUUCUGUGGGAGUGACUCUUUCUUGGCCCAGCUUGAUGACAUGGAGCAGAUGCAUCUCCAGGGUAAAGAGGUGGAUAUUUCAGCUGCUGCAGAGCUUGGGAGGCCUGUGUCAGGAGCUGGGCAGAGGAAACAGUCCGAUUCUACUUCAGAAAAUGCUGGUUGCAAAGCUGUGAGGGGUGAUGGUUUCCAAAAGCAUGAAAGUGACCUCCUAGAUAACAAUGAAGGGGCAGAUGACUUUGUUUUAGAUGACUUCCCAUCAUCACAGUUGUUGUACCUUGAAGAAAUGGACAAGUUUUCUUCUGCUUCCAGAGAAUCUGCAGUUGCAAAAUGGAACAAUAACUACACAAAUUGCUGCUUGGACAAAGUCUCAAAUCCCUCUCUUGGUCAUGCUGCAGACCAAAGGGAAGGAGGUACGGAAUUGCCCAUGGGCUCUAAACAUGACCCAAAUAAACGAGAGAGUCUGAAAGAUCAUCUGAAAAGUGCUAUGACUGGAAAUGCCAAAGCUCAGGCUCCGCUGGUUUCUAAGACCAAGCAGCUUAAAGAAGCUGUUUUAUCUGAAGAGAUUUGUGUUGCUAGAAAAGCUAUCGAGUCUUCUUCUGAUGAUAUUGGCCCUUUCUAUGGACUACCUAGCAAAGUAAAAGAUCUCCUCAAGCAAUUUCGAGGCAUUGAAGCACUUUAUGAAUGGCAGCAUGAUUGCUUAACAUUAGAAUCUCUGCAACAAAGAAAAAAUUUAAUAUACUCGCUACCAACCAGUGGUGGAAAAACACUAGUGGCUGAAAUUUUAAUUCUCCAAGAAUUACUCUGCAGACAGAAAGAUGUUCUGAUGAUCCUGCCAUAUGUGGCUAUUGUCCAGGAAAAGGUUUGGGGUUUAUCAAGUUUUGGGAUAGAAUUAGGCUUCCUGGUUGAAGAAUAUGCAGGAAGUAAAGGAAGAUUUCCACCAAUCAAGAGAAGAGCAAAAAACUCCCUCUAUAUUGCUACUAUAGAAAAAGGACAUGCUCUAGUGAAUUCCUUGAUCGAAACAGAAAGAAUUGAUCACCUGGGUCUAGUCGUUGUAGAUGAGCUACACAUGAUUGGUGAGGGAAGUCGUGGUGCAACACUGGAAAUGACUCUUGCAAAAGUUCUUUACACCAGUA